AUGUUUUCUCUCUCUGCCGCUCAAUUUGCUUCCACGGCAUCCUCUGCCUCUCUCCGAUCGUCGCAAAAAUCGACCAAGAAAUCCGUUCGCUCGUCUUUGAUGAUCGUGAAGAACACCGCGUCGAUGGACGAGAUGGAUUCCACGACGACGUCAUCAUCAUCAUCCGACAUGGUUGACAUCGACUCCGCCAUGCAACGCGCGGAAUCACCGACGAUGAACAACGGACAAACGUACUCGGAAAACAAACCGGAAACGUUCAAGGAAAUAAUGGGCUUCGCCGGGUGGGCGCCCGAGGUGAUCAACUGCAGAGCCGGGAUGGUGGCUUUCGUUGCCGCCAUGGGGGCGGAAAUGCAAUCUUACAACCACGAGACGUUCGGCGCGCAAUUGCACGACCACGUGUUUUCCCUCGUUUUUGCGAGUUUAUUGAUCACCGCGGCUUCGUUUAUGCCGUCGAUGCAAAACGCGGAGAAGUACACGUCGAAGCCGUCGUCCAAACCGUACGGGAUUUUUACCCCGGAAGCUGAAAUCACGAACGGCAGAAUGGCCAUCAUUGGUUUGGUCGCCGCUACGGUCGCGGAGAAAGUUAUGGGCCACGGGAUCUUCGCGUAA